AUGAAUAAAAUUGCACUUUCAGGGGAGUACUUGAGUCGACAUGAAAAGUGCCACCUUUGUGAUGCUACCUGCUUUCAGUGCAGUGGUCCAGAAAGAGAGGACUGCACCAGCUGCCCUCCAACACGGUUCUUUGAUGAUGGACGCUGCGACAUUCGCUGUCAGAAGGGACGUUAUGCCAUGGAGAAGCAGUGCCAUCUCUGUCACCACACCUGCCAGGAGUGUACUGACGAGGGACCUGAACACUGCACUAGCUGUGACAGAGACAGGUUUGGGGUGGCCAGGUACUUCUUCCAGGGUCAGUGUCGGGAUGUCUGUCCAGAGGGGUAUUUCCACUCUGCAAGGAAACGGUGUGAAUCCUGUCCUGCAGACUGCAUCAUCUGUACAGCAGCAGAUCAUUGCCUCCACUGCAGUUCAGGCCACAGGCUCAGAAAUGGUCGGUGUGUCCCGUUGGAGUGCAGUGCAGGUGAGGUUGCCGAUGCAGAGAACAAGGACUGUCUCCACUGUGACGAGGGCUGCAAGCAGUGUAAACGCAAGGAUUCAGGAGAUCAUGCGCAGGAAACGAUUUGCCUCAAAUGUGAAGAUGGUUACUACCAGUUAGGCACAGACUGCCAUCAUUCCUGUCCAGAUCGGACGUACAGUAGGGACGACACCAUGGUGUGUGCUCCGUGCGAAGACAAACAGUGUGUAAACUGUGACCAGUCCCAGUGCUAUUGGUGUGAAGUGGGAUUUUACGUCUUUGAUGGAGAAUGUGUGGAUCACUGUAGAGAAGGUUUCUUUGUGGAUAAGGAGAGCCAGGGCUGUGAACCUUGUCACCCCGCCUGUCGUACCUGCGGAGGGCCACAAUUUGAUGACUGCGACUCCUGCGAGGAGGAAUUCACACUGAAGGAUGGGGAGUGUUUAGAGGCCAGACAGCUUGCUCUCUGCCCAGAGAAACAAUUCAGAAACAGUAAAGGCGAAUGCGAGCAAUGCCACUUGUCCUGUAAGACUUGCUCAGCGUCAGGGAAGGAGAACUGCAGCAGCUGCUACUCAGAUCGUUUUUUGACUGCUCAACAGACCUGCAUGUCUCGUUGUCCAUCUGGUACAUUUGCCAACAAGGCGUCCAACCGGUGUGAAGACUGCUCAAAAGGGUGUGCCAUGUGCCAAGGCGCCGAGCAGUGCCAGCGCUGUUGCAGUGGGCUUUACCUGCAGAAUGGAGUGUGUGUGGUGGAGUGUCAGAGAGGGUUUCCUCAAAGUGGUGUAUGCCAGCUGUGUGCCCCAGAGUGUGCAUCCUGCCAGGGAAAUUCCUCUUACUGUCUGAGCUGUGAGAGGCAGUACUUGCUGCUGGACCACUCCUGCAGGUCAAACUGUCUAGAGGGCUAUUACGCCACAGAAACAGAAUGCCAUCACUGUCCAGCUGACUGUAAAGAGUGCAAUCAAGAUGGUCUGUGUAAGAUGUGUAACCUUUACUACUUCCUCCAUGAAGAUAAGUGUGUGGAUGAUUGUCCCGUUGGCUACUUCGCUAGCGAGAAGCAACAGGAGUGUGUGCGUUGCCAUGCUGAUUGUAGGUCGUGUGACGGACCGGGCCUUGAUGACUGCGUUGAGUGUCGCAACCCGAAAGCUGUCCGUUACAAUGGAGAGUGUCUGCCUCAGUGUCCCAACAACACUUACCAUGAGAAGACCACCAAUGAAUGCAGAGACUGUGACAAGACAUGUCUGACCUGCUCAGGCCAUGAGCCGUCAUCCUGCCUCACCUGCAAUACCAACAGGCGUAAAGAUGCCAGCGGACACUGUGUGUGGUUCAGUCAGUGCCCUCUGCACUCAUACAUGGACCAGAAUGGGGAUUGCCAAAAGUGUCACGAACCUUGUCAUGGGUGUUCUGGGCCUGGCAAAGACCAAUGCUUCAGCUGCAACAAGCCACACUUCCUACUGAACACCACAUGUGUGCUGGAGUGUCCCGUGGGAUACUACGCCGAGGACCAGGACGAACGAGUGUGUGAGCGCUGUCACUUCAGCUGUCAGUCGUGCGUUGGUCAUCACAGUGUGGAGUGUGUCACCUGUAAACCCGGAUUCUUCAAGCAGGGAAGCAGCUGUGUCGAAUUCUGUUCAGAGAAUCACUUUGGCAAUACCUCCACCAUGGUUUGUGAUCGAUGUGACCCAUCUUGUAACAAGUGUUGGGGUCGUAGUAACAAAAACUGUCUGAACUGUCGGGAGGACUACUUCUAUCUGAGGAAGUGGGGACAAUGCCUCCAGAGCUGCCCUCCAAGCUACUUCCCAGACAGCCGGUCUAAGACUUGUCACAAGUGUCACCCCACCUGCAAGACCUGCAGGGGUAAAGGAAGCCAUGGCUUAUUUGGGCAGUGUUUUUAUAUGAUAUGUUUGGGUUUUAAAAAUCAGAAGAACUUUCAAGACAUAAUUCCUACACUGAAAUUGUUUAUAUUGGAUUUCAUGAGUCACAAAAAUUAAAUUAUCUUUGAUGGUUUUGAUGAUAGUAUGCAAA